GAGCCUGGGAGCAGGUAGAGGAAGGAACUCACUGUUCUUUAUAAGUGUCCGGUCAAGUUUUAUUUAUCUACACUUACUGCAGAUACUUUACGCCUCUUUCUUCAGCGAGUUUUCACUGACGCCGCUGAAAGCGCACCGGAGAUGGGCCGUAAGGUGACCGUAGCCUCCUGCUCUCUGAAUCAAUGGGCUCUGGACUUUGAAGGAAACUCCAAGAGGAUCCUGAGGAGUAUCGAGAUCGCUAAAAGUCAAGGAGCCAAAUACAGAUUGGGUCCGGAGCUGGAGAUAUGCGGUUACGGCUGUGCGGACCACUUCUAUGAGUCGGACACGCUGCUCCACAGCUUUCAGGUCCUCAAGGAUCUUCUGGAAUCUCCCGUCACCCAGGACAUCAUCUGUGAUGUUGGAAUGCCCAUCAUGCACCACAACGUGCGCUACAACUGCCGGGUCCUGUUCCUCAACAGAAAAGUCCUGCUGAUCAGGCCCAAAAUGCUGAUGGCCAACCACGGGAACUACCGAGAGAUGCGCUGGUUCUCGCCCUGGAGGCAGAUCAGGCAGGUGGAAGAGUACUUUCUGCCCAGAAUGAUCCAGGAAGUUACAGGCCAGGAUACCGUUCCGUUUGGCGACUGCGUUCUGUCCACUAAGGACACUUGUAUUGGGACGGAGAUGUGUGAGGAGAUGUGGAACCCGGACAGCCCGCACACUUACAUGGGACUGGAUGGAGUCGAAAUCUUCACCAAUUCGUCCGCCAGCCAUCACGAGCUACGGAAAGCCGACCAGAGAGUGAACCUGGUGAAGUCUGCCACCACUAAGAGUGGCGGCAUCUACCUGUAUGCCAACCAGAGGGGCUGUGACGGAGACCGCGUCUACUACGACGGCUGUGCGAUGAUCGCCAUCAACGGAGACGUCGUGGCGCACGGAGCUCAGUUCUCCCUGGACGAUGUGGAGGUGAUCAGCGCCACUCUGGAUCUGGAGGAUGUCCGAAGCUACAGAGGAGAGCUCUGCCAGCCGCAGAUGGGCAACGAACCCAAACCCUGCCACAGGAUUAAAGUCGACUUUUCUUUAUCCAGCUGUGAUGACAUCUACCUCCCCACUCACCAGCCAGUCGAAUGGCUCUUUCACACACCAGAGGAGGAGAUCAGUCUAGGACCCGCCUGCUGGCUGUGGGACUACCUGAGGAGGAGUGGACAGGCUGGAUUCCUGCUGCCUCUCAGCGGCGGCGUGGACAGCUCCUCCACUGCCUGCAUCGUCCACUCGAUGUGUGUUCUGCUCUGCCAGGCUGUGGAGGACGGCAGUCGUGAGGUGCUGCAGGAUGUCCGGCGUGUCGUCGGAGACGAGUCGUAUCGUCCGCAGCACCCCAGGGAGCUGUGCGGUCGCAUCUUCACCACCUGCUACAUGUCCAGUGAAAACUCCUCUGAGGACACAUGCAGCAGAGCCAAGAACCUGGCCAACCAGAUCGGCAGCACGCACAUGAACAUCAACAUAGACAUGGCGGUGAAAGGCAUUCUGGGUAUUUUCUCCCUGGUCACUGGACACCGGCCUCAGUUUCGCGCUCAUGGAGGAAGCCACAGAGAAAACCUGGCUCUGCAGAAUGUUCAGGCCAGAGUGAGGAUGGUCCUGGCCUACCUGUUUGCCCAGCUGAGCCUGUGGGCCCGGGGGAGACCUGGGGGAUUACUGGUGCUGGGCUCGGCCAACGUGGACGAGAGCCUGACGGGUUACUUCACUAAAUACGACUGCUCCAGCGCCGACAUCAACCCCAUAGGAGGCAUCAGCAAGACGGACCUGAAGAGCUUCCUGCUGUACUGCGUGGAGCAGUUCCAGCUCAGCGCUCUGAGAGGCGUCCUGGCGGCUCCGCCCACAGCUGAGCUGGAGCCGCUGACUGACGGACAGGUGUCGCAGACAGAUGAGGCCGAUAUGGGGAUGACCUAUUCUGAGUUAUCUGUGAUUGGACGACUGAGGAAGAUCGCCAAGUGCGGCCCCUUCAGCAUGUUCUGUAAACUCAUUCACAUGUGGAAGGACGCUCUGUCGCCGUCUGAGGUGGCCCAAAAGGUGAAGCACUUCUUCAGGAUGUACUCGGUGAACCGCCACAAGAUGACCACGGUGACGCCGUCCUACCACGCGGAGAGCUACGGUCCCGACGACAACCGCUUCGACCUCCGACCUUUCCUUUAUAACACACGCUGGAGCUGGCAGUUCAGGUGCAUCGACAACCAGGUAUCUGACAUGUCAGCAGGCGCUUCGAAACAAUAAAAGCCAAAUUCUUCCUUUCACACUGGAUCACAGACAACACAGCAAUUCCUCUCAUUUCCAGUAAAGAUAAAUGUUUGUUAAGAUCAGGGAAUAUUCAGGGACUCUGCAGUGUUUUUCUACCUCAAAGAAAGAAUUAAAGCAGUCUAACUCUUUUCUAUAAGCUGCCUGUGCAUCUUAAGCGAAUUGCUCUGUUUUGAAACACAUUACAGCGAUUGACCAGCUUUCCUUAAUGUUUCAACACCCUGGAGGAGGAUUUUCAGACAUUUCCACUGGCUUGUCAGUGAGCAGCUAUCUUUUCUUUAUGAAACGACUCCAAUUUCAGCAAGGUGCGAUCACAGAACCACAAACUUUACAUGCACGUUGUUCGAAACAGAACAGUAAAAUCAGACUAACAAUGUUUUAGACUUGGGUAGGAAGUUGAAAGCUUUUGUGAUUUUUAAAGAGAUGUCUGUUAAAAGGAGUCAAACUGAACAUGGCAGCACAGAGGAAGUGUGUCAGCCAGUUCAAACAUCACAGACAUUCAGGUGUUGCUAGCAUCUGUGAAUGUGUUGAUCUCAUUUCGUCCUCCACUUUGAGUCUGUUGGAGAUAUACUGUAUUUUUCAAAUAAAUCAAUUUCACAUUCAAAUAAUGUCAUUUCCUGACUUUGACAUGAAAAGGAAUAUAAUGUGUAUUGCGGUAUUUAUAUAAAAAGCAGGACUUGAACACACUGGUAUAAAUCUUGGAAUCCUUCAAAAGCAAUGCAAAUAGUCACAUAUACACUGCACAUAUAUGUCAUGUGCUUGUGGUUUAUUUACAGCGCUCGGGUCUUGCGUGGACAGCAAUCAGCCAUGGGUGGGAGUUAUUCAGCAGUCAGCAGUGGUGGGAAAGUAAUCUAUUACUUUCACUGGCCAGUCUUGUGCACUCAUUGACUAUUACCGGCACUUUUCAUCCUAAAAAUGUUUGUGUUAGAACUAGAAAAUAUUUUUGCAAAGGCUAAAUUGUGACUUGUCAGAAUUGUAUGUUUCUCAUCUAAUCACAAAGAAUUUGACUCUAUCAGGAUG